AUGGGUCCGCCGGACGCGAUAUUGGGCGUAACAGAAGCAUACAAGGCUGAUACGAAUCCGAAUAAGAUAAAUCUUGGUGUUGGUGCUUAUAGAGAUAAUGAGGGUAGGCCACACGUGCUUGAAUGUGUAAGGAAGGCAGAGGAAGAAAUAAUGGCGAGUCAUAUGGACAAGGAGUAUGCGGGUAUAGCGGGUAUCGCACAGUUCACAAAAUUGGCCAUUCAGCUUGCGUUAGGUGAUGAGAAUUUGUCAGUGAUUAAUGAUAAACGCAAUGCAACCGUACAAGCUAUAUCCGGUACAGGUGCAUUAAGAACUGGAGCUGAAUUUUUGGCAAAAUGGCACGGUGGUCCGAAAGUGAUCUAUCAGCCAGCACCUACUUGGGGAAAUCAUGUACCAGUCUUUAAAUUUUCCGGUUUGGAUGUAAAGCAAUAUCGUUAUUAUGAUAAGCAAACAUGUGGUUUUGAUGAAGCUGGUAUGUUAGAGGACAUUUCGAAUAUGCCUGAGAAAUCGAUCAUUCUUUUACACGCAUGUGCACACAACCCAACCGGAGUUGAUCCAAAAAUUGAACAGUGGAAAAAAAUCGAAGAAGUGGUUCGAAAGCGACAAUUGUUACCAUUUUUUGAUAUGGCAUAUCAAGGAUUUGCGUCCGGUUCAAUCGAUCGUGACGCAUUCGCGGUGAGAUAUUUCGUCGAACAUGGACAUUGUAUCGCAUUGGCUCAGUCAUUCGCCAAAAACAUGGGACUCUACGGAGAACGUGUUGGUGCGUUCACGUUUUUGUGUGGUUCUAGUGAAGAAGCAUCGCGUGUAAUGUCUCAGAUGAAAAUUUUAAUUCGUCCUUUGAUAUCAAGCCCACCAAUUCACGGUGCUCGAAUUGCAAUGCAUAUUUUAUCGAACGAUUCGUUGAAAGCACAGUGGCUCAAAGAAGUGAAAGGAAUGGCGGAUAGAAUAAUUUCAAUGCGACUUCAUCUAAAAGAUUUACUUGAAAUGGAGGGUUCAACACGAAAUUGGAAACAUAUCGUCGAUCAAAUAGGGAUGUUUUGUUAUACUGGAAUAUCACCUGAACAGGUGAAUCGGCUCAUUGAAAAUUUCAGCGUUUAUUUAACUCAAGAUGGUCGAAUUUCAAUGGCUGGAGUGACAACGGGAAAUGUUGAAUAUUUGGCUAGAGCCUUACAUGAUGUAACCAGAUAA